AUGGCAUCUUUUAGAUGCAAUUCGUCUCCGUCAGAUCCGUAUUUAAAGUUAGCUUCCCAAAUAAAGGAUGAAUUCAAAUCGAUUGAAUCUACUGCCAAUCUGGCUUUCGAGGCGAAACUCAGAUGGGCCGAAGAAUUAGAACGAAUUGUUGUCAAACGAGUUCUGCCGGGAAGCAGGCUCAUAUUGGUCGGGUCGUCGACAAAUAUGUUUGGCUUUAAGCACAGUGACUGCGAUUUAACUGUGGUGACCAAAGACAGAUUUGUGUCGGAGAUGGAAUGUCUAAGAAAGAUCGAAUCUGCUCUGAAACCUCACCGGAGUCGAUUUGAUGUUGAG